GCGGGCGUGCAUGCAUGCAAAACCGAGUCACCCACUCGCUUUCGUCUUCUUCGUUGCUUCCCACCUCCACCCACCCAUCCAUGUCGCGUCGCAUCGCAUCUCCUCCCAUUUAUAUACCUCUCCUCCUCAUCUCGCAACGCCAUUCUCAUCUCGACUCGAUCGAUUGAUCGGUGUUUCGAUCUUGGAGAGGUUAAUUAUAUUAAGCGAGCUCGAUUCGAUUGGUUCUUGGUUUUCCAUGGCCGGAGGGGGCGAGUUCGUGGUGGCGGCGGAGGAGUACUACGGUGCGCUGGUGGCGAAGGCGGCGAUGGCGAAGAAUGGGUACAACUGCGGCGGCGCCGCGGUGGUUAGCGGCGGGGCGCAGAGCGGGCUGACGUGCAACAAUGGCGGUGGAGGUGGGGUGGUGGUGUCGAGGAAGAGGGGGAGGGAGGUGGAGCAGCAGUACUACGUGCCGCCGUCGUCGGCGGUGCUGCUGCCGAUCCCGGGGAUGGUGGUGGCGCCGGCGGCGGACGUCGCGGCGAGUCGGUUUGUGGAGUCCGGCAUGGCGUGCACCAGCGGGCGCGCCGCGGCGGCGGCGUUUGGGGACGCGCUGGCGUCGGAGGUGUUCAUCCAGAGCGGCGAGAUCGACGCGGUGGUGCGGGCGGAGUGCGAACGGCUGCGCGCCGGGGUGGAGCAGGCGCGGAAGCGACAGUGCCAGGCGCUGGUGCGCGCCGCGGCGGCGGCGGCGUCGCGCCGCCUGCAGGAGACGGAGUCCCAGCUCGCGGCGGCGCGCCGCCGCGCCGCCGACCUGGAGGAGCGGCUCCGCCAGGCGGCCGCCGAGAGCCAGGCGUGGUGCGGCCUGGCGCGCAGCAACGAGGCCGUCGCCGCGGGGCUCCGCGCCACGCUCGACCACCUCCUCCUCCGCGCCGCCGCGGCGCCGCCGUGCGCCCCCGUCGAGGGCUGCGGCGAGUCCGACGGCCCGAACACCGCCGACGACGACGCGCAGUCGUGCUGCUUCGAGACGACGGCGACGAAGACGAACACGCGCCGUGGCGGCGGCGUCGGCGUCGGCGGAGGGAGGUGGGGGUGCAAGGCGUGCGGCGAGAGGGAGGCAGCGGUGCUGCUGCUGCCGUGCCGGCACCUGUGCCUGUGCAGGGCGUGCGAGGCGAGGGCGGAGGCGUGCCCGGUGUGCCUCGCCGUCAAGAAGGUCUCCGUCGUGGCGCGUUCGCCGGCGGACGUGUGAAUAUUGUGACCGAUAUGAACUGUUCUUUUUAGUAUCAUUUUGAGAAGUUGUUUGUGCUGAAUGUGAAAAUUUUGGGAGAAUUUUGUCCAUUCCCUGUACUCUCUUAGAAAAAAAGGGAAUCUCUAGAUCGAUCCCCUUCUCACGCUCUCUUGGCUCCUCCUGUUUUGCAAAUAUGAAAAUGUUUUUUUAAAAAUUUUGUGUUCCG